CGCACAACCUCUCCCAUCCCCAUUCAUUCACUGUGAUGCACAGACAUAGUCAGCCAUCAUGUCGUGGAAGGAUAGGUACGCUCCUCUUCUCGUUUCUGCAUGUCAUCUUCUCCACUCCUCUUCUCGCCUCUGCUUCUCCAGUCCUAACGUGCUGGUCAUUCGCUGCUAUCUCGAGCUGCUCUUUGUCGUGCCCAUCCCAACGCAGUAAGGCAGGAAGGUAGAGGGAAGGGGAAAGAAUAACAUAUAUCGAGCAGCCCAUCGUCGUCAGCACGUCCAUAUCACCAGGCCGUCGUCCAUCAUGCCCAUCAUCUCCGCUCUUCACCGACUUCGACACCCUCUUUGAGUCUUUCCCGGCUGGCAGCCGUGAUCGAUGCCGUCUUCUCUCCUGCCUGGGGCCUCUGUCGUCUGGCUGGCUGUCGGCCAUCCCCGCAUAUACCCGAGGGGACAAGCGCAAGUGCCUGAACAACUACGCCUACCGCCUGGCUACGGCUCUCACCCUGGGCAUCACUUUCCCCCUCGCCAGCCUCGCACCGUCAUGCACGUGUGGAGCGCACAUCGACGCCUUAGGCGACCACUUCUUCCUCUGCAACCGCGCAACGGCGGAGCGCGUGUUCAAAUACAACACCCUGCUGGACGUCUUCAAGGCAAUCCUUGCAGAGGUGGGCAUUACGGCGGUCACCGAAGUGCCCCUGCGGUCCCUCGACAUCACCCCCCCAAACGCCCAGCCCAACAGUCAGCGCAUGGACCUCUUCUUCCCCAUAGACGGCACAGGUGUCCUGUGCGACGUCACGGUGAUCCACCCGUGUCGGCCCGAGAACUCGACCGCCCACCACACCCAAGUCAACCGCAGCCACGCACGUCGGCCGGGCGGCAUUGCAGCUGCAGGGGCGGAGCGCGACAAAGAUCGCAAGUACGGUGCCAACUGCCGGCAGAAGGGCUACACAUUCGUGCCUCUAGCGGCGGAGACGUUCGGCCGUUGGGGUGGCGAGACCCUCACUCUGCUCCGCCGCCUGGCGAGACGGCGCGUCCCCCCAACCGCCAGCUCUGCAGAAGACCGUGUAUUUUCUCAUGAGGGUGUCAUGAACCAUUGGGGGCAGUGUUUGUCGGUCGCGCUGAUGCGCUGGAAUGCUUUUCAAGUGUCCUGCCGCGCACAUCACGCGGCUGAUGCUCGGACACAGCAACGGGCAGGUCUGUUUCCUGAGGACCUCAUCUCUCGAGGGCCCUACAGGGCACAAAGCCGCACGUUUGCCUGCCAGGACCGGCCGUGA